AUGGGCGCCGAGUGCAGCCAACAGAAAUGCAGAUGUGGAGGAGACAAAGGCGAGCUCAACAACGUGGACGUGGGCUCCACUCUGCAAUUUAUUCCAGAGCCGCUAGAAAACGACGAAGUACGGGAUCCGGCCUUUGAAGGUUUGCAAGGACAUUGGUACAGACAGGAAGACAACCUACACGUGGGCGAGGUGGCUGGCCGGCACAUCAUCUGGCACGUCCACUGGAAGAUGCCAGAGUAUUUCUCGGACCUCGAGAUCCUUCCGAGGGACCCGGAUGACAUCUCAGGCUCCAACAUUCAGAUCAAGAUUCAGCUGGGCAAGCACAUGACCAUUGGAGAGGUCCAUGCAGAUGCCCAGGUGGCAAUCCACUGGGAAGAUGGAGACAUCUGGCUGAGAAAGUGA